CGAACUCAAACAGUUUAGUUCCAAACACUCAACAUGCAAGUUAAAAUUUUUACUCUAUUGGCCAUCGUUUUGGUGGCUCAACAAUGCGAAUCUGCCAGCAUUUCAUUUGGCGAUCUGAUGGGAGAUAUUUCCAAGAUUGCUGUCGCAGGUGAAAAGCUAAGGCACCAAAUAGAAAACCAGCUAGGAUCAGCUGCUCAAAGCGCACAGCUUGAUACUGUCAAGCCUGAGCCUUACAAUAUUCUUGGCGAUGCUUUGGGAGCAAUGGGCAAUGCUCUUGGUGACUUGGCUAACGUCAUUACCAGCCUCAGUGUUCAGGUCAAGAUGGAGCCAGAAGCUCGCAGUGUCUCCACUUCAGGUGCUGCCAUCAUCGGUGAACUUGGCGCCGUUAGCGCCAAGACAAUUGCCGCUGCUGCCGAUGCUGCUGCUCCCUAUAUCAAGAAACUGAAUGAAGCCUUGGGAGAUCUCGCUAACACCAUUACAAGCCUUCGUGUGCAAGACCCUGUUCAACCCGAGUCUUAUAAUCUUCUUGGCGAUGCUCUGGGAUCAAUGGGCACAGCUCUGGGUGAUUUGGCUAACACCAUUACUAGCCUAAGUGUUGAGGUUAAGAUGGAGCCAGAAGCUCGCAGUGUCUCGACUUCAGGUGCUGCUAUUAUCGGUGAACUUGGUUCCGUUAGCGCCAAGACAAUUGCCGCUGCUGCUGAUGCUGCUUCUCCCUAUGUGAGCAAACUAAAUGAUGCCCUGGGAGAUCUGGCUAACACCAUUACUAGCCUGAAUAUGCAGGUGGAUACUGUCGAACCUGAGUCCUAUAAUCUGCUUGGCGAUGCUCUGGGAUCAAUGGGCACAGCUCUUGGCGAUUUGGCUAACACCAUUACUAGCCUAAGUGUGCAGACUAAGAUGCAGCCAGAAGCUCGCAGUGUUUCAACUUCUGGUGCUACCAUCAUCGGUGAACUAGGCUCCGUCAGCGCCAAGGAUAUUGCCGCUGCCGCCGAUGCCGCUUCUCCUUAUGUGAGCAAGGUGAAUGAUGCCCUCGGAGAUCUGGCUAACACCAUCACCAAUCUGUCGAUGAACUAAUGAAAUGUUUUCAUAAAUAAAUGCAUAUACUUCAA